CAGAGAUCAACAAAAUCCUCCGCAUGCCCUCCUGGCUUUAGGAAUCCUUAAGCGAACCUUGGACAGUUUCGAGUGAAGUUUAGCAAACGACGAUAGUUUUGCCUCUCAGUCGUCGACGAAAUGUUCCAACUCAAAUUUCUUAUUCCAAGAGCAGCUUGCCGAGCAGGAACAGUCCGAAGCUAUGCAACCGUCGGUGGAAUUCUGCAACCUGAGCGGGCGAGACAGGUUUUGGCCAACCCUAAGCGAACUCGACGCGGAAAUCCUGUGGACUUGCGUCGACUAUUCCUAUUCGAGCAGUACCAGGAAGUUCUAUCGUCUCGAGCUGUUUUUGUGAUGCAGAACAACAACUUGACAGCACAGGAGUACAGUGCGCUGAAGUCCGACUUUCGGGAGAAAGGUUUCGUAAUAGCAACCAUCCGUAACAACAUUUUUGGGGCUGUUAUUAGAGAUCGCGCGGCGUCGUUGAAAGCAGCAGAAGGGAAUGAGGGGGACUUGAGAAAGUUGGAAAUGCUACUGGCUGGGCCAUGCUGUGUAGCAUUUUCUAAUGCAACGGACGAAGACCGACCAACCUUGGCAAAGGACUUCACGGAGGUUGCGAAGAAGUAUAAAUCUAAACUGUUGGUAGUCGGUGCCAAGUUCGACGGAGGAGUGCUGACGGCGGAUCUUUUGUCGGAAGUUGUGAAGCUUCCCUCUUUGGGUCAGCUGCGGGCAGAACUGGCGGGAAUAUUGAGUCAACCUGCCCAAACUCUGGUUGGUUUAUUGCAGCGAUCACCACAAACCCUAUUGUCUACAUUGAAGCAACAUGAGGAGAACUUGCAGGGUGGGUCAGGGAAGGACGCAAACUAGAGUAGUGGGAGAAUUAGAAAUAGGCAUUGGGUGGUGAAAGAAUCUUACUUGACGGCACAUUGCACAUAAUAUAUUGCAUUAUUCGACAAAA